GACAAAGCGUCCUCUACUGCAUUCAUUCCAACCCAACAUGGAGAGCCUCAAGCCUUGCAAAGCUAAUUCCUUCCUCACUCUUCUCAUCUUCUUUUCUUCCACUCUUCUUUGUGUACAAGCAGUGGCUCCCUCAGGAACAAUUGAGAGGGCAGCAAGACAGCAACUUCUUGCGAGCAUUCCUCCGGUUCAUGAAGCAACUCCAACCAGCUCUGGUUCAUCUCAGCUGUUCCUUACUUCCCCGUCGGGCAAAUACUCUGCCUUCCUACUACGUCGUGAGACUUCUUUCGGUGCUGGAGGUUUUGGAAAUGACUUCUGCUACAUCCAAGUCCAAGAUGAAUCCGGCCAGAGCGUCUGGGAAUCGGAGUGUGCUUCUGUGAGCAAUGUCAACUCGUGCACUCUGGUUUUCUCUGAUGCGGGUUUGGAGAUCUUUGACGGCAGCCGUUCUUCAUGGGAUACUAACGCUGAUGGGGAGCAGUUGGAGACACUGGAGAUGCUGGACAAAGGUGACAUGCAGAUAAGGGACAAAGACGGGAAUCUCAUAUGGAAGGCUAGCGAUAACCCAAUCUCUAAUCAAAACUGUGGAUCUAUAGGUGCUCCUGGAUUGGCUCCUGCUCUGCCUCCUUUCGCUAAGCCCAUAUCUAAUGGCAAUCUUCCUUUCGGUCAGUCUGCGAACAACCAAGGACAGAACUCUCAAUUGGGUGACCAACAACAACUGGGUGACUCUCGACAGAAUAUUAACCAACCUUUCUCGGGCCUUAACCAGCUCGGCUCUCCUCUUGGCCAAACUUUUGGGGUUAACCAGCAGCAGCCCCUUAUAGACAACACUCCUUUCAAUAGCGCUUCUUCAAGGGAAGCACCACUCAAGUUUGGGGUUGCUUUGGUUACUAUGAUUACUAUUCUGACUUAUUUCGGAUUCCUCCUCUGAGUUAUCUUAGUGUGACGGAUGACAGUCAAUUGUGCAUGACCGCUUAUAGCUAUGCUGUAAUCAAACCCCUCCCCACCUCUUGUGUUCCUCUGUUUUCUAUUAAAAAAUAGUAUGAAAUUUGUUGUGAAUUGGAAUGAUGAAAUGGAAAUGUAUUAGUAUUUAUUAUUAU